AUGGAGAUGAACUAUGAUGAAAAUACGCUGCACCAGCUCGAGGAGGAACUCCACGUCCAAAUUGUACCGGGUACAGAGAUUAUGACAGAUGUGGGCAGCCAUCAUUUUGUCAAGUCCUCCAACCGAGUGCUGGUGCCGCAGCCAAGUGAUGACCCUCAUGAUCCGUUGAAUUGGAAUACCUUCUGGAAAUUCUCUACCUUGACCUGCGCGACAUGUGCAACCUUUGUUCAGGGCAUGGGUCCGCUUUCUCUUGCACCCAUGAUCCCCUAUUUGAUCGAGGCAUUUGAUUCAAACUUGAAUGAUGUGAUUCAGUUCACUGGUGUUGCUAUUCUCGUGCUCGGAUUUAGCAAUUUCAUCUGGGUCCCGCUGAGCACUUCCUUCGGCCGGCGACCGGUCUAUCUCGCGUCCCUCUCGAUCUGCUUUGGCAGUGCCAUCUGGAGAGCCAAAGCUCAGACGUAUGGUAGUUUCAUGGGGGCAUGUGUGCUCAAUGGUAUUGCAGCUGGUCCAGCUGAGACCAUCCAGCCUAAUGUCAUUGCUGAUGUGAUGUUCUUGCAUGAACGAGGAGCGUAUCAGACGCUUUACUUUGCAUUUUAUUUCGGCUCUCUUAUGGUUGGACCUAUCAUCGCUGGUCCGAUGGCAGAGUACUCAGGAUGGCGCAACUUCUGGUGGCUCAAUGUCGGUUUAAUUGGCGCUACAUUCAUCAUGUGCCUUUUCGGCUUUCCGGAAACAAAGUAUCACCGCAUGCAUCCUGAUGAAAUCCACAACAUAGCUUCCGAAAAGACAACCGAGUCCCUAGGAGAGAAGACUACGAUCACGACGAUGGAAGGGUCUGACAUAGAAAAGGUGACGUCCCCCGAGCUUGCCGAUCUUUCUCAUGCGGCCACCGCCCAGCAAGACCCGUGGCUCGGAAAGGGUCGGCCAAGCAAGCAGCAAUUCGGGCUCUUCCAGCGGAACGCGCAUCCGUUCAAGAGCGUUUUGCUUGACCUUUGGAUCCCAUGGAAGCUUUUCGCUUUUCCAAUCGUGGAAUUUGCCUCUUUCGUCGUAUCGUGGAGCGCGUCCUCUUUCCUAACGCUAAAUCUUACGCAAUCUCAAGCGUUUGCAGCACCGCCUUACAAUUUCAAGCCACUUACUAUCGGCUUUUUCAACUUUGCCAUCCUCAUUGGCGGCAUACUUGGUUUGGUCACAGCGGGACCUCUGAGUGAUUGGAUCAGUAUGAAACUUACCAAGAGAAACAACGGCAUCAGAGAACCGGAAAUGAGGCUACCGACAAUGAUCCCUUACGUCGCCAUCAUGAUAAUCGGCAACUUCGUAGUUGCCUUUGGCUGGCAGCAGGGUUGGGAUUGGAAGCCGAUCGUAAUCGUUGGCUGGGCAUGUGCCGGCAUCCAAGUCGCAGCUCUCCCUGCCAUCGCCUCCACUUACGCAAUCGACUCCUAUAAGCCCGUUGCUGGCUCAGUAUUCGUGAGCAUUACAGUGAACAAGAACCUUUGGGGUUAUGGUUUCUCGAAAUUCAUCAAUACUUGGAUUGUCGAGGAUGGAUAUGUGCCGCCAAUCAUGACGAACAUGUGCUUGAUCACGCUGUGGUGCCUUUGUGGUAUUAUUUUUUGGGUAUGGGGGAAGAAGUUCAGAAUCUGGACAAGGAACAGUCAGGUGCACCAUAUGUAA